GCUGAUAAAGAAUUUGUGUGGUCUUUGUGGAAACAUCUACAAGUGUCAAGUCCAGAUCUUACUCAAGCUAUCAGCUUGGUGGUGGAAAGAGAGAAACAGAAAGCUGAAGUCAAGGACAGAAGGGUUUUAGAGAUUUUGCAAGCCAAAGACAGCAAAAUAGAAACCCUAGAACAGAGGCUCACAGGACAGCAGCAGGAGAUAAACAACUUAAUACAGAGAAAAAAUGCUGUGGAUGACGAAAAUGCACGCUUGAAGAAUGAAUUCAGUAACUUGAACCAGAAAUUUAAAGAUAAAAGCCAAGAACUUAAGGACACUGAGGAGUGUGCACAGAAGAAGGAAGAGCAAAACAGACUGGUUAUAAAAAACCUGGAGGCGGAAAAUCAGGGAUUAAAUACAUGCUGUGCUGACCUGCUAAAUGACCUGGAGAAACUGAGGAAGCAGGAGGCACAAUGGAAACCAGAAAAAUCUGGCAGUGAUGCCAGAAUAAAGACUUUGGAAACUGACUUAGCAGAGGCAAGAGAACAAAUAAAAGAGUUGCACAAUAUAUGCAGUAACUUGUCAUCUCAGGUAGCUGUGAAACAGGAAGAACUGACCCAGAAGGAUUGUGAUGUGAUCAGAUCUAGGAAGGAGUUACAGGAGCUGCAGAAUCUUUACAGACAAAACACUGAACAUACAGCGCAGCAGGCCGAGCUGAUAAAGCAACUUCAGGCUCUCAAUACUGGUACACAAAAAGUACUGAAAGACCAAGAAGAUGCUCACACAGCUGAAACAACAUCGUAUCAAAAACUUUAUAAUGAAUUGACUUCAUGUUUUGAAACUGUUAAAGCAAGUGAAGUUCAACUGCAGCAGCACUGUGCCUCUCUUCAGGAUCAGUUGCUUGGAAAAGAUCAAAAGAUUUGUCAGUUACAAGAGCAACUUCUGCAUGCUCAUGAUGCGUUAAAUGCAAUACAUCAGGAUUCUCCAAAAUCUGAAGAACACGAACCACCUGUGAAAUGUUCAGGGUCUCUGUCCCCAAAGAGCUCUUUUAGAGAGUCAGAGGAGCGAAGGAAGCUUAAAAUAGCUGAAAGGAAGAUUGAAAACUUAGAGAAGACACUACAGCUAAAGACUCAAGAAACUGAUGAGCUAAGAGCAGCCCAUGAAAAACGCAGAGAGAGGCUGCAGAUGUUGCAGGCCAACUACAGAGCACUAAAAGAACAAUUAAAGCAGUGGGAAGAGUGUGAUAGCAG